UAGGCGGUGGACGCCUAGUUCCGCGAGACUCCUCCGAAAACCAAAAACUCCACCAGCUUUCAUCUAAUCCUGCGACUUGGAGAAGACGAAGCCCACGAAUUCAGUCGGAAGUUUGGUGCUCGUGCGAGCGAGGAAUCGUUCUCGGUGCGCGGAUGGGGCAGGCGUUCCGAAAGCUGUUGGAUGCCUUCUUCGGCACCAGCGAGAUGAGGGUCGUGAUGCUUGGGCUGGAUGCCGCGGGCAAAACCACCAUCCUAUACAAGCUGCAUAUCGGGGAGGUUUUAUCGACUGUUCCUACGAUUGGUUUCAAUGUCGAGAAAGUUCAGUACAAGAAUGUGAUGUUUACCGUAUGGGAUGUUGGCGGCCAAGAGAAGUUGAGGCCCUUGUGGAGGCAUUACUUCAAUAAUACGGAUGGCCUGAUCUAUGUGGUUGAUUCAUUGGAUCGUGAGAGAAUUGGAAAGGCCAAAACUGAGCUUCAGGCAAUAAUUAAUGAUCCUUUGAUGAUUAACAGUGUCAUAUUAGUAUUUGCCAAUAAACAAGAUAUGAAAGGGGCAAUGACGCCAAUGGAGGUCUGCGAAGGCCUUGGCCUCUAUGAUUUGAAGAAUCGCACGUGGCACAUCCAAGGCUCUUGUGCCCUUAAAGGUGAUGGUCUUUAUGAGGGCUUGGACUGGCUGGCAAGUACACUGAAGGAAUUACAAGCUUCAGGUCGCCUACCCUCAGGAGGGACUUCGUUGUUCUAAGUAGCAGGGCAACAUGCUUCACGGUGCUGAUUCUGAAGGAAAGACGAUGCAUGGGCCUGACUACAUCAAAGUUUGCCAAUGCAAUUUUGGGUUGUACCUAUCCGGUCAUCCCUGGGAAUAACCAUUUCCUGUCGAUGAUCUAACUUGUGAGUUGUGAUAUAGGUCUUGUAAAUUUUCUUGUGAGUUUAGACGAGCUAACCAGGUGGAUGCAUUGGUUCAGAUAUGAGGAUUGAGGAGUCUAACACACACACUCUGUUAAAUACCAAAGAUUCUGUAAAUUUAUGUUGGCAAAUGCAAUUUAUCUCGACCUUUUUAGAGGGU